CGCAUCGAAACGUCCCUCUGCCGGGCCGUGACGCUUUUCGCUCCUUCAAACGGGGUGCACCUCAGGAAUUCGGCUUAGAGGCUUAGAGGACCCCAGAGAGUAUGACACCAUGACAAGACUGGGCUAGCUGAUGAAGCCAUAGCUUUGCUUUCAUUCAGCUUAGCCGUCACAGCUUUUAACUAUUAACUGGGACAUUCGGCCGUACCUAUCGACCUGACCCCAUCCUGACCCAUCCACGCGAACCUUAUAACACCAUAGAAAGCCCCGUGCUGAUCUUCAUGAACCAUAUUGCAGCGCGCGAGCUGGAUCGCAUACAUAAUAUACUCCUAGCCAUCUAUUUUGCCAUCUUUCUUCUCAGCCGUGCGAACCAAAUCCGCUAUCUCGUAGAAGCCAUGGCAGACACACUAGUUCCCCAGACUCCGCCCAAGAAGCUCUUCAAACCUGCGACCAAAACGAAGACCCCAACGCGAAUGAAACCAUCCCCUCAAUCCCAACACAGCGCCCAGUCUGAAACCAGCAACCCCACCCAUGGCUUUAACUCCCCCAUCGACAUAGCCAAGUAUUUUAAGGACCAGGGCAACCCCGAGAUGAGCAGUUUUGUAACAUCUUUGAUGGACAGCCAUUCCUCCGAGUCUAGCGAAAAUACUCCCAAGGUCACCAAGUCUCCCGCCGGUGAGGAGCAGAGUUCAAACAAUCAAACCAACGACAACGACAAUACUGGUGACCAGAAGAACUUGGGAGAGUCGGACCAAGCGCCUUCUAAAGACAAGCUAGAAGCAGCGCCCGCUAGUGUUUCCAAGACGGCCGACGGAACAUUCAGAGACACCGAACGCGACAACGAACGCGACACCUCAGCAGCCCAACCUACCAACAAAAUGGGGGAUCCAAACGUCGCCAACAUCUCGAAGGCAGCCCAGCCCGCUGUGCCAGGCGCAAAAUCGGACAAUAAAGCUUCCUCGCAACGCCCUCAGAUUAAUGGGGAUGGUCAAGAAAAAGAUUCACACGUAAUUGAUAACAUGGGCCGACCAGCGCACGUGGAGCGCCGCAUUGAGAUCCCACUGCAGCGACAAAGCAAAGAUGGAAAUGGUUCAAAGCUAGCUGAGGCGCAAAAGUCCAAGACUGGUUCCAAAGAUCUGGGAGACUUUGAAGACCUCCCCAGCACCAACGAUCUUCCAGACAUCCCUAAUGAAGACUCUCCAGACCCUCCUGAGGAAAUACUAGACCCAUCGGUACAUUCCACAGAGGCGGCAAACAUCACGCCAAUCCCCAAAAUACCAAAGAUUCCUCACAUUGACUCUUUGGCGCCUUUUAACCUGCAGCGUCUUGCUGAAGGAUUGGCGGGCCAUGAAAUUGACGAUGUCGGUAACAUUGUGGAUGAAUCAGGUGAGGUGCUCGGCCAUGCGACCGGAGACUUACCCGCAAUGGUGGGUAAGAAGGUCUCAGAAAAUGGUGAAGUUUACGGCGACGAUGGAGAGAUCGUGGGCUACGUGUCUGAUAAUUUCAUUAACCCACCGUCUCCCACUGAGAUCCCCGGCGAUGUCAUAGGCGGCCUUCGAGUAGACCAUAAGGGCAACAUUCUUGACCAAGACGGUAAUAUUAUCGGCAAGUUCAAUCGGCCACUAGGCAACAAUAACUCUUCAUCGAAACCUUCCCACAAAAAUGAUUCGGAAGGAAAACCGAAAGAAGAGCAGAAGCCCAAAGUGAAUGCGCAGAAUGGCGGUAGCCCUUCAGACCUGUUUUUGGACGUCAAGUCUACUAAUGAUGGGAUACAAUUAACGAUACGCAUUCCAACCACUUUUUCACGGCCGUCUCCUGAAUCAUAGAGUUCGGGAACGGAAUCAUGUGCUAUUAUUUACGCUAUCUAAGAAUCAUGGGGGUUGAAGUUGAAGGAUCUAACGGCUGAUAAUUUGUAUAAUUUGUAUGAGAACCAAGAGCUAAGAUAAUGAAAAGUACAUAAUACGGAAAUUCACGAUCGUGUAAUUUGUGUAUAUAGCGAUUGAUCAAUCAAUAUCGUGACAAACGA